AUGGCAUCGUCGGCGUUUCUCACCCCCAAACCGGGGAACAGCACCCCGGCUGAGGCCCUCCUCAUCACAGUCCGCUUCUCCGCGUCAAUCCCCGACCUCCCUUUAGACGUCCCAGAACCACAAACAACCACAGGCGCCGGCCUAAAACAACUUAUUCGGGAGAAACUACCCUCGGAUUUGUCUUCUCAUCGACUCCGCCUUAUCUACGCCGGUCGUGGAUUGGACGAUACAACCGCUCUUACGGCCUUCCUCAAACUCGCACCUUCACCGACACGUUCUCCACGCCCUGCAGAUGACUCUGAAGAUGACUCUGGGAAUGGAAAUGGAGGGAGUAAGAAUAAAGGCAAACAAGCGGUCCGCGAUACCCGACCUAGGAUAUACAUCCACUGCUCGAUCGGAGACAUUGCGCUCUCGGAAACGGAUCUCGCUACCGAAGCCUCCACGGCCUCGACUAUCCUUCUACAAAAGCAAAAGGAUGUUGAAGUGAAACUUGGUCCUAAACAUGGAUCUUCUCUUUUUCCUUCGAGCGGACAGGGAUCCACGUCCCAAAAUCAGCAGCCGCGCCGGCCAUCACCACCACCUACAACAACCCCUGCCCCGCGCGGCUUUGACCGUCUCCUCUCGGCUGGAUUUACUCCCUCUGAAGUAACAGCUCUUCGCUCACAAUUUCUCGCUGUCCACUCUGUCUCCAGAACCCCGGAUACUAUGCCCUCCGGCGAGGAACUGCGUGAUCUGGAAGAUCGAUGGAUGGACGAGGGCAGUGGGACUAUGAACUUUGGCGGCGGGGAUAUAGGAGGGAGUGGCGCUGAAGAUGAUGGUGCUCUAGGAUCUGGAUCUCGAAGCGCAAUGGACGAUAUGCUGUGGGGUGCUGUGAUGGGGUUCUUUUGGCCGGUUGGUUGUGCCAUGUGGCUGAGACGGGAGGAGGGGGUUUGGAGCUGGAGGAAGGGUGUUGCGGUUUUCGUUGGUGUUAUUUUGAAUGCCGUUUUUGGAGCUAUGAGGAUCAUGGAUUGA